GUGUGGGCAAGUUGUUACAUAAACAAGAAAUAGUAAUAGCUAAUAAAAAGAUAUAGUAUAUAUAUCUUAAAAAAAAAAGAAACAAACACACAACGCAUUAUUCCCUGUGGAAUAGUGGAAGUUUUUCGAAUAUUUUUUCCAAGUGCGUGUCGAAAAAGUGAAGAAAUAAUCAAAAUGCUGUUCAACAAGUGCCUGGAGAAGUUGUCCAGUGUGGUCAAUCACAAGCUGCAAGAGAAACAAGUCUACAAUAAUAAUAAUAAUAGUAGUUUUAAUAACAAUAAUAUAAACAAUAAUAAUGCGUAUAAUAAUCAGAGGAACUUUGAAUACGAAAGGGCUAUACAGGCCCACUAUGGCAGCCGGAAGUCGGAAAAGUCCAGGGAGCGAACGAAAACAAAGUCGGGGAAGAGGAAGUCGAUGCCGGUGGAAAAGGACGAUGUAUCGGAGGAUAUAUCCUCGCCAUCGACAGCCAAUUGCAUGACGCACGACGAGCUGGCCCAGAUAAUAAGGGGAGUGGCAAGAAAUCAAAGUAAUUCAACUUCCAAUCAAAAUCUAAAUCAAAAUCGAUAUAAUAAUCAACGGCGACCUCUGUCCGCCCAGCCAUCGGCCUGUCAUUCGAACUCCUCAUCCCAGGAAUCUUUGCAUCAUCAGUCCGUUAGUCCUGCCCCGCCCACGUAUGCCUCUUAUCCGGCCACGCCCACCUCCUGGACAGCCACACCGCCCCAAUUUCCACCAUCACCCUUCGGCACCUCCGAUAGCACCCUCUCCCUAUUGGCCAAUACGCGUUUCCAGCUCCACGGCUAUAAAUGGUUUCAUGGAAAUCUUUCCGGCAAGGAAGCUGAAAAAUUAAUAUUGGAACGUGGCAAGAAUGGUUCGUUUCUCGUCCGUGAAUCUCAAAGUAAACCCGGCGAUUUUGUUCUAUCCGUUCGUACGGACGACAAAGUAACCCAUGUCAUGAUCCGAUGGCAGGAUAAGAAAUAUGAUGUAGGAGGCGGUGAAUCCUUUGCCACAUUAUCGAAACUGAUCGAGCACUACAAGCGUAAUCCCAUGGUGGAGACGUGCGGUUCAGUGGUGCACCUGCGGCAGCCGUUCAAUGCCACAAGGAUAACAGCGGCCGGAAUCAAUGCCCGGGUGGAACAGCUAGUUAAGGGCGGCUUUUGGGAAGAGUUCGAGUCACUGCAACAGGACAGUCGGGAUUCCUUUUCCCGAAACGAGGGCUACAAGACGGAGAAUCGCAUCAAGAAUCGUUAUCGCAACAUAUUGCCAUAUGACCACACUCGGGUCAAGCUGCUGGAUGUGGAGCACAGCGUGGCCGGGGCGGAGUACAUCAAUGCCAACUACAUACGAUUGCCCACCGAUGGGGACCUGUACAAUAUGAGCAGCUCGUCGGAGAGCUUGAACAGCUCUGUGCCCAGUUGUCCCGCCUGUACGGCGGCCCAGACCCAAAGGAACUGCCCCAACUGUCAGGUGCUGAACAAGACCUGUGUCCAGUGCGCCGUCAAAAGCGCCAUCCUGCCGUACAGCAAUUGUGCCACCUGUAGCCGCAAAUCGGAUUCAUUGAGCAAACACAAGCGUAGCGAAUCCUCGGCCAGCUCCUCGCCCUCAAUAACUGCAUCCGUGAAUGGGAUUAACAAUGGACCCGGAACACCCACCAAUCUCACCAAUCAUCCGGCCGGCUGUCUAACCGGAUUGCUUAAAAAGCAUUCCGGUGAAUCGGUGGCAUACGGAUCCGGAUCCGGAUCAACCGCCGAAAGAGAAAGGGAGAGAGAGCGUGAACGGGAGAGGGAGCGGGAAAUGUUUAAAACAUAUAUCGCCACCCAGGGCUGUCUCCUCACCCAUCAGGUUAAUACGGUAACCGAUUUCUGGAACAUGAUCUGGCAGGAGAACACACGAGUGAUUGUGAUGACCACCAAGGAGUAUGAGCGGGGCAAGGAGAAGUGCGCCCGCUACUGGCCGGACGAGGGCAAGACCGAACAGUUCGGUCCGGCACGGAUACAGUGCGUCUCCGAGAACUCUACGAGCGAUUAUACGUUGCGGGAGUUCUUGGUAUCGUGGCGGGAUCAGCCAACGCGUCGGAUCUAUCACUAUCACUUCCAGGUGUGGCCGGAUCAUGGUGUCCCAGCUGAUCCUGGCUGUGUUCUUAACUUCCUGCAGGAUGUCAACACACGCCAGAGUCAGUUGGCUCAGGCGGGCGAGAAACCAGGUCCCAUUUGUGUCCACUGUUCGGCGGGAAUUGGUCGUACUGGCACUUUUAUUGUGAUUGACAUGAUUCUCGAUCAGAUUGUGCGAAAUGGCUUGGACACAGAAAUCGAUAUCCAGCGCACCAUUCAAAUGGUUAGAUCGCAGCGUUCCGGCCUCGUCCAGACCGAGGCCCAGUACAAGUUUGUCUAUUAUGCAGUCCAGCAUUACAUCCAGACCCUGAUAGCCCGGAAAAGAGCCGAAGAGCAGAGCCUACAAGUGGGCCGCGAGUACACGAACAUCAAGUACACGGGCGAAAUUGGCAACGAUUCACAAAGAUCUCCAUUACCACCAGCAAUUUCUAGCAUAAGUUUAGCCUCAAGUAAGACGCCAUCGACUCCAUCGACCUGCUCCUCGACGGACUCGAGCAUGGGCAUGGGAAUGGGUAUGGGUUUUGGCAACCUAUCAUCCGGAACGGGCACAGGCUCUGGCUCUGGUUCUGGCUCGGGAUCGGGAUCGGGUUCUGGCAAUAAGCAUGCGGGAAAGCAACAACCACCGUUGCCAACCAGUUGCAAUAAUAACAAUAACAGCAACAGCAAGGACAGCAGCAAUACAAGCAACAGCAGCAGCAGCAGCAGCAACAACAGCAGCAGCAGCAACGGCAUCAGUGGCAGCAAUGGCAAUAUAAAUGCAUUACUCGGUGGCAUUGGUUUGCGGAAACAUCACCAGCAGAGGGGAGAGGAGCAUCAGGUUGGAGUAUCAGGAGCAGGUAAGCAACAACAACAGCCGCAGCAAGUGCAACAUCAGCAACAGCAGCAGAUGCAGCAGCAACAACAGCAGCCGGCACCGCCGAUGCGACCACGUCCUGGUAUACUCAAGUUGCUCACCAGUCCCGUCAUCUUUCAGCAAAAUACAAAAACAUUCCCAAAGACAUGAUGAUGUUGCCGCAGAGGCAGUUGCCGCCGGCAGUUGUUGGCCAUCAUGGCAGUCAUCAUGGUCCGUCUAACUCCACCCACGUGGAUGCAACAUCAUCCAUUGUGGCACCAGCGCCGCCGCCGCGCAAAACAUGACACAUGAAUUUCUAAGUCCCGAGAUUCUUCUCCGAAACUCGAAAAAAAAGAAAGAAACAGAAACUUGGAACGGAAAAGGAAACGGAAACAGUAACAGAAUCAUGGAAACCGGAAACGGAAACCGAAACACUGAAAGAAAAAAAAAGCAAAGCCAGAAUAGCAAGCCAAGCCCAAAAGAAAAGAAUACACUGACAGACAAAACGGGUUUCAUUUUGUGACGCACCACCCGACCCAUUUCCCAAAAAAAAACAAAAAACAAAAAAAUAAUAAUAAUAAUCAUUAAAAAAAAAGAGCCCACUUCCCAAAACCCUUGACUAUGUUUUACUGUUGUACUAUUAUUAUUAUUAUUAUAUUAUUAUUAUUAUAUUAUUAUUAUUAUUAUUAUAUUAUUAUUAUUUUUAUUAUUAUUAUUAAUUGAUAUAAUUUUUUUUUUUUAUUAAUUGUAAAUUAUAGUUUUUUUUUUUGUGUAAUUGUGUGUAGUGAUUAGUUGUACGUAUUUUGUCUCGCUUUAUGUUUUAAGUGUAACCCGCACAACCACCACCACCACCACCCCCCUCCCUUAAAAGGAUAUUUAUGUAUUAGUUUUUUAAGAAAUAUAAAAAAAAAAAGAAAAGAAAGAAAACUUGAAAAAAUUUUUGAGAAUAUUUUAAGAGGCCAGAGAGUGCAGAAGCCUGUUCCCAAAAUUCCAUUUUAAUCAGAUUUUGGUGGAAAUUCUAUUCUAUUUUUUUUGGAAAUUCAAUUACUUUCACUUUUCAAUAUUUUGAGUUUUUUGAAAACAAAUUUCCAGAAACACAUACAUACUUAUUUUUAAAAUUAAUUUUAAAGUGCAAUUUUAGUUUGAAAACAUAUAUAUUUCUUUUCCAAAAAGUGCAAUUGUUUUUUAAACUUAAUUUAUAUUUUUUUUGAAAAAAUUAUACCGAUUCCACCAAAAUUUUGUUCGAGUUUCGAGAAAGGGAAUAAAUAUAUAUAUUUUUGUUUAAAAAAAAAAAAAACUUUAGAUGUUGAAAGGAAAGGUAUAAAAAAUAAAAAUAAAAAUAAAUACAGCGCUGAUUGUGAUUCGAGUAGCAGCGAGAAGAUAUAUGAUCAGAUACCAGAUAGAAGAUAUAGAUAUCCGAUAUCAGGAUACCAGAUACCAGAUACAGAUGAGAACGGGAUGGAACAGAAACAGAUCAGAAUAUAUAAUAUAUAUUUCAAAACAGAUGAGCAGAGAUCAGAUCAAAUCGGAUCAGAUUAGAGAGUAGGAAAGCUAAGAUCGUCCCUAGGAUAGGAAUUCUCAAAAA